AUGCCCCUGCAGAGGCUGCUGCUCCGGGGUGCGCGCCGCGCGGCCCUCGGGCCCACGGGCCCCGCGCUGUGGGGUUUGAACUCAAUAAAAGGAAACUGUCACAAUUUUUGUACUGCUGUUCAUAAAGAUGUAACUUAUGGGGAACUGAAAAACCUCUUGAGUUCCAAGAAAAUUAUGUUAAUUGAUGUUAGAAACGCAUCAGAAAUCCUUGAAAAUGGAAAAAUCCCUGGGUCAAUCAAUAUACCAUUGAAGGAGGUAGGUGAAGCUCUGCAAAUGAACCCAGAAGACUUCAGAGAGAAGUAUAAUGGAAUAAAGCCAUCCAAAUCUGAUCAUCUAAUGUUUUCCUGUGGAGCUGGAAUGAGAAGCAAGAAGGCUCUGGACAUAGCAUUAUCUUUGGGCUUUACCAAGUCUCAACACUAUGCUGGAGGAUGGAAGGAAUGGUCUACCUAUGAACAUACAGAGAAGAAACAAGGAAACUGA